CCUGGGAGGGGAGUGUCUGUCAGUAACUCAGGGAUAAAUAGAGAGGCAGAGCUCAGAGUUUGUCAGAAGGCGGACCUGACAGGGUCACACACAGGACCAAGCAGGAGAAGGACCUCAGCAUUUUGACCUUUUAUUACAAAUGGAGAAACAUGAAGAUGUUCAAUACUGUUUUCAAGACRGAAACUCUUCUUGCAGAAAGGYUUUGCUAUCGACAUCUAUCUACAUAACACUGUACAUCUUCUUCUCAUUGAUUUCAGCAGUUACAGUAUUUUUGAACGUACUGGUGAUCAUCUCCAUCUCUCACUUCAAGCAGCUCCACACUCCAACCAACCUGCUCAUCCUCUCUCUGGCUGUGUCAGAUCUCCUSGUGGGACUGAUUGUGAUACCAGUAAUGACUGUAGCAUUAAUGGAACCAUGCUGGGUUUUUGGGAAAUAUUUCUGUGUGUUUCAUAUCUACAUAGAUUUUUUAUGUACUUCUUUAUCUCUGGGCAAUUUGGUCUUGAUAUCUAUUGACCGCUAUGUUGCUGUGUGUGAUCCCUUAUUGUACCACUCUAAAAUAACAAUAACAAGAAUCAUGUGUUGUAUAUCCAUUACCUGGUGUUGUUGUAUCAUAUACGAUGCUGCUAUUAUAAAAAACUAUGUAAAUGUACAGAUACCCAGUAGGUGUUUGAAAGAAUGUACUACUGUUGAAGGGUCAAUCUGGGUUAAUAUCACUGACCUUGUAAUUACAACGGUUGUUCCGUGCUCUGUUAUUGUAACCCUUUAUAUGAAAAUCUUUGUGGUGGCCAGAUCACAGGCCAGAAAGGUAUUUUCUAAAGAGGCUGUCAUGCAGCUGGAGACCAAUGACCUAGUGCAGCUGGAGACCAAUGACCUAGUGCAGCUGGAGACCAAUGACCUAGUGCAGCUGGAGACCAAUGACCUAGUGCAGCUGGAGAACAAUGACCUGGUGUUUGGGACAUACUUGGUCUACUGGGAGAGGAGGGUAGACUGGUUUCAAUCUGAAGCGGCAGCUGCCACCGCUGAGUAG